CGUCGGUGUCGAAACGUCGGUGUCGAAACGUCGGUGUUGAAAUCGCGUCGAUCUCGCUUAAAAAUUUUCAUCAAAAAUGUUUACUGUGCUGCCUUUUUCUACGAUUUUGCUGCACGGAGUUGAUAAUACGCCGAGAAAGGAUGCGGAGAUUUUAACUUGGCCAACAAAGGUAGGAAUUUUAUCUCGCGUAUCAGAUAUAAAUUACAUAUAAUUAUUCGACGUUGUUUAUUUUAUUGGCCUCAAGGGACCGUAUAUCGUUCGUAAUCGAAUAUAUUGAGAUUCUAAUUACUUAAAUCUUGUUUCGUUUUGAUUGAUAAAAUAUUUAUUUUGCAUAAAUUUUAUUUGUGUUCAGUAAAUUUUUUUUUUUUGGUAAAAUUGAUCCCAUCUUGUGCUUCUCAUGUGAUCCUGCUGCUGGCAGCCUGGUCAUUGUUUGAAAAAAAUUGUCCUCAAGCAUGCAGACGCACACGAUUUUAAUUAAUCGGUGUAUUAAAAUUCAUAAAAUCGUCGCAUGUGCCAUGUGAUUUUUAAGACAUUUUAGUCAGCUGAUUGUAAUCGGACAUAAUCAAAUAAAUAGUUUUGAUAUUGUUUGAUUUUUAUCGGCCAACUUGUUCCUUGUGCAGUUUGUGCCGAUUUUUAUCGGUUAUUUCAACCGACUUGAAUUUCAGGCUCACAUGAUUUUAUAAUUUUCGCUGAAUUUCGUUUAUUAUCACAAAUGUACGUAUGUCCCCUUCACGAGUAAAAUCGCCUGGCAUUAGACAGAGUAAAAUUGUCUGGUGUUAGACGGAGUGAAAUAUUUAGUUACUGCAAGGGCACAUCACAGCUUAAUGGGUUCAAACCGGAUUAACCCAUUGGGUCAUUCCAGAAAACAUCCAUACCACCCCCACAGAGGAAAUAGGAAGUUAACCCCCCUACCCCCUUCGGAUGUCCUAAUACAUUUACUAUUAUCAGAAACAAUUUUUUCUCCCCUCCCCCUCCGGAUGGCAAAAAUUUCCUCUGUGGGGGAGUGUGGAUCUUUUCUGGAACGACCCAUUUAGUGGCAGCAAUCUCCUCCUGACGAGUACAGUGGCAUAGCAAGCUCAAUAAUUGGGGGGCCCAUAUUCAUACAUUCGUGUUCACAGACCUUAAAAACAAUCGACUUCAAAAGAAAUUAACAAUGCAGAACACGAAUAUAUGAAUAUGGGCCCCGAACUUAUCAAACUUGCUACACCACUGGACGAGUAAUAUCGUCUAGCGUUAGACAGAGUAAAUAAUAAAAUGGGCAGAUUAAGUCUGGUUAACCCAUUGAGUGGCAGCAAUCUCCCCCUGACGAGUAAAAUCGUCUGGCGUUAGACAGGGUAAAAUACUGAAGUGGGGUGCAUUGCCACUUUAUUUUGCCUGCUGGGUUAAUUAAGUUCCCCUAUCCAAAAGUACAUGGAAUAUAUCUUAUUCUGUUUAUGACAGAUGCACCAUGUUAUUGUUUCCGGAGUAAAAAUAUUAUAUCACUAAAAAAUCACAAAAUAUUCAUAAUAUGGCAUAUUGAUAUAUACCAUGAUAUUCUCACACUAUCACACACAAAAUUUGGACAAAUGUGGAUGUCAAAUCUGUUCUGCUAGCGACAGAUUGUCGGAUAGGUAAAAAGCUAUAGACUUUGUACUGGCCAUUUUUUUAUAAAGGCCAAUUUGUCAGCAAGAUUGAGUAACAUGAUUUGAUAUUUGUCAUGUAGUUCAAUACUAAACUGUCUUCGACAAAAGAUGUGGAUUGCCAACAGAGACUCCCAAAAGACGAAACCCUCAGAUUAAGGCAUAAUUUCAUUGGGUAAGUAACUACCACUUGAGGUAAACCUUGAACCAGUUGGUUGACAAAACUAACGUCACAAACCAGGGCGCGAAAUAACGGCCGGUCAACGGACAAUGUCCGGCCAGAAUGCGCAGUUGUCCGGUCAAAUUCUUACCUUGGCAGUCAUUUUGACCGGUCACUUUCGGUAAAAGAACAAACUAAUCUUCAUUUGAAUUAAUAAUCAAAAUAAAGUUGUCAAGUAUUAUAAUUAAGAACCAUAACAUGUAGUCGAAUAUUUUGCGGAAAGAGAACUUCAAUGUACACCAGCUUUCCCACGCAGUACGUCACAAGCCCAUGGCCAUGCUUUUGGCUUAAGAGUUAAAUAAGGCCAUGCUUUUAGCACAGUGCAAGCGUUUUAUGUGAAGGAAUUUUUAAUUACUGAUUACAGUAAGGCUUUUUGUAGCCUGAUAAAACAGCCGCCUAUUAUUGCUCGUCUUGGGAGGAACGAGCAAUAGGCAGCUGUUUUAUCAAGUUAGGCUUUUUAUAAUGCUAUACUGGGAAAAUAGUCACAUUUUUAGGGUUAUACUUUACUAGGCUUUGCUUUAAGCUGAGUAAUUUGACCGGCCAGAUAUUCGGUAUGUCCGAGCUAAAAUUGUGUUGGCCGGCCACCUUGACCGGCGACUCUCCAGCCGUUAUUUCACGCCCUGCAAACUGGGUAUGAAAAAUUUCUCCAAACUCUUUUCUCCAAAUUCAGAUAUUAAAAAGAUUAGGAUUAGUGAUUUCAGUAGCUAAAAGCUAGGUAGGUUUGGGAAACCAGAAGCCCAGGUGUUUUUUCUUUGGCUAGGCCUAAUCAACCAUCUCUAUAUCAAUUAUCGUUUUGGUGCAUAUUUUGUUAUCAUAUUCAUACAGUCAUAAAUUCAGAAACGCAUUGUUAAAUAUUUUGUCAUUUUGUUCUAGCAAAGCAUGUGAGAUUCACUUCAAGGAUAAUCCUAUCAAGAUAGUACGAGGUCUUGGGACGUAUCUCUACGAUGAACAAGGCAAUCGAUACCUAGAUUGCGUCAAUAAUGUCACACACGGUUGGUGUAUAUCUUUAAAAAAACCUUAAGAGUUCACUCGUUAGAUUAAUAUAAAAAAAUGCUGUAUAAAUUUAAUAGAUAAAUCCCUUCCAAAAUAUGCAUACAUGUAAUAUUCAGCAUGCAUAUAAUAUACACAUGCAAAAAUCUCACAUCUUGUAGCAAGUCUGCCAACAAGCCAUCAACAAGUUGUGUUCACACUGCUUGUCCCAAGUUGUCAACAAGUUUCGAAGAAGCUGUUAACAACUUGUAACAACCUUGUUGAUACUAUCAGACUUGUUGCAAGAUUGUUUCAACAAGUCUGAUACAGUCAUGAUAUAACAAUAUUGUUACAACUUUGGGUCGUCAACCUUGUAACAUUCUUGUUAUAUCAUGACUGCAUCAGACUUUUUCUGUGUUGGAUAUACACUCAGAGUAAAAUCACAAGCAUUGUAUCAGACUUGUUAGAGCAACCUUGUAACAAGUCUGAUAAUGCCAUCAAGCUUGUUAUAAGUUGUUAACAGCUUGUUCCAAACUUGUUAACCAACUGGGAACAAGCAAUGCGAACACAACUUGUUGACAGCUUGUGAACGGAUUAAUUUUGUAACUUUAAUGCAAACUGUCCAAUGUCAAUCUUUUGCUUAUACACUCAAUGUAUGUUUCUCGUCCAAUGUAGUUGGCCAUUGCCAUCCGCAUGUGAUACGGGCAUGCGAUAACCAAAUGAAAGAACUCAACACUAACAAUCGAUUCCUACACGACAGCAUUGUUCAAUAUGCUGAACGAAUUGUUGCAAAAUUACCCGAGAAGCUUAAAGUCUGUUACUUUACUUGUACUGGGUGAGUUAUAGAACUGGUAGAGCUAUCCAGCAUAAAUAAAGUUAGUUUAAUAACUUUAAUUUAGGUUUCCUCCUGUAGUAACACUGAAUCAAUAAGAGAUGACUCUUACUGGACCUCUAGAAAGAACAGUUCAGAACUGAUAGAACUCUCCAGUAUAAAUAAAGUUAGUUUAGUUUAGGUUUCCUCCUGUAGUAACACUGGAUCAAUAAGAGAUGAUCCUUACUGGACCUCUAGGAAGAACAGUUUAGAACUGAUAGAGCUAGUAUAAAUAAAGUUAGUUUAGUUUAGGUUUCCAUCCUGUAGUAACACUGAGUCAAUAAGAGAUGAUCUUUACUGGACCUCUAGGGAGAACAGUUUAGAACUGAUAGAGCUAUUCAGUAUAAAUAAAGUUAGUUUAAUUUAGGUUUCCUCCUGUAGUGACACUGGAUCAAUAAGAGAUGAUCCUUAAAGCUUACUGGACCUCUAGGAAGAACAGUUUAGAACUGAUAGAGCUAUCCAGUAUAAAUAAAGUUGGUUUAGUUUAGGUUUCCUCCUGUAGUAACACUGAAUCAAUAAGAGAUGAUUUUUACUGGACCUCUAGAAAGAACAGUUUAGACUAAUAGGGUGUGUAAAUAUAUAUAUAUAUAUAUAUAUAUAUAUAUAUAUAUAUAUAUAUAUAUAUAUAUAUAUAUAUAUAUAUAUAUAUAUAUAUAUAUAUAUAUAAUAAAGUAAAGUAUAAACAAAAAUAAAGAUAGUUUUUAAUUUAACUUUGUAUAAUAUUUGUGCUCUUCAACAUUCACUUCAGUUCAGAAGCAAACGACUUGGCGUUAACACUGGCAAGAAGGCAUACAGGACAUGAAGACAUAGUCGUUUUAGACAAGUAUGUGAAUGACAGUUCAACGUCUCACUA